AUGGCGGCCCCCUGUAACGCAAACCUCUGUCACUUUGCUUUGCUUUGUAUUUUUUUUUUUUCUCUUCUUCGGGCACAGUGGCUGAAGUUGGAGACAAUGCCGUUUGUCGUGCGUAGCUCUCAGGACAAGGGGAGUGAGUUGUUUCGCGACGCGUUAUCGAUUCGAAUGCGCGUCUUUGUGCAGGAGCAAGGGGUACCGGUCUCCAUAGAGCAGGACGAUCACAACCCCUCCGAUGUUCAUUUUGUCCUCUACGAGGAGGACAAUCCACAACAGCAACAGCAACAACAACAAAAAAGUUGUCCUGUCGCUGCGGCACGACUCCGUGUUGUGACGCACUGCGGCAUUCACGCAUACGACGCACCUGUCGCAAAGGUGGAGCGUGUGUGUGUGCUGAAACCGUACCGUGGCAAGCAGUGUGGCGUCCUCCUCAUGCGGGCGGUGGAGAAGUACGCGAGGGAGAAGAUGGGAAUAUCGAAACUCGUUCUUCACUCACAGACGUCGGUGAAGAACUUCUACAAAAACAUUGGGUACUACGAGACGUCGGGGGAAUUUAUUAAGGCCAACAUGCUGCACCUCGCUAUGUCGAACAUGUAG